AGUUAUUAGCCAGGAACAACACACAAAGCUAGAAGAGCCUGAAGUCCCAGAUCUCUUUAAGAGGAACAGUUUGGGAACCAUUGGUCUAGAAGCAGUGGACCCCAAACUGUGCUCCACCUUGAGGGCCUUUGGACUUCAUCUCCCAGAAUCCCAGGCUAUUGGCCAACGAUGGCUGAGGCUUCUGGGAGCGGAAGUCCAACGUCUCUUUCAAGGGCAGAGUUUGGGGACCACUGUCAAUUAUAACUCUAGUACAUUAUGUGCCUAAAUCAGUGUUUCGGGGCUUCUGACUCCAUCUCCCAGAAUCCCACUCUACGGAGCAACGUGGCCGAGGCUUCUGGGAGUUGAAGUCCGAAGGGCCUCGGAGCCUGGCUGAGGCUCGAGGAUGUUGGGAAAUGCCAGGAGGCGGCGGCGAAGGGCGCGUGUGUGGCAUUAGCCCCAGGAGGCCAUUGCCCUCCUCGCGGGGCCCUCCUCCUCCUUCCCUCAGAGGCGCGGCCUAGUCUUUCCCCGAAGCCGCUGGGAGGCCUGAGGAGAAGGAGGAGGAUGAGCUCCCGGGUGCGGCCUUGGAGGGAGGCGGCCACGGUGCUCCUAACCGCCGGCGGCGGAGGGAGCGGAGAGGUGGUGGCCGGAGGCUCCUUCGACUACCAGCUGCUGCUCCUGAGGCGGAGCCCCCGCAGCGCCUUCCUGCCCAGCGCCCACGUCUUCCCGGGCGGCUUGGCCGACGCGGCCGACUUCUCCCCGGAGUGGCUGCCUCUCUUGCCCCCGGAGCCUCGCUGCAGCGGCCUCCCAGGAGGAGCCUCCGCCAAGGCCCCGCUCUUCGCCGCCGAGAGGCCCGAGCUGGGCGCCGCCGCUUUGCCCGGAGAGGUAGCCUUCCGCCUCUGCGCCAUCCGGGAGACCUUCGAGGAGGCCGGGGUGCUGCUCCUGGCGCCCGAAGAAGGAAGCGCCUCCUCCUCCUCCUCGGCCUCCCCGGCUUCGCUGCUUCCUCCGGAGAGGCUCCCUCCGCCGGCGGAGCUCUCCGAGUGGCGGCGGAGGGUGCAGCGGCAACCGGGGAGCUUCCUGCAGCUCUGCCGGCUCUUGGGCUGCGUGCCCAACCUCUGGGCCCUCCACGAAUGGAGCAACUGGCUCACCCCGGUCGGAAGGGAGGGCCGCGGGGGAAGGAGGUACGACACCGCCUUCUUCCUCUGCUGCCUCGGCCAGGGGCCCCCCGAGGCUUCCCACGACGAAGGAGAGGUCACCGCCUGCCAGUGGUCAACGCCCUCAGAAGCUGUCGAACUCUUUAAGUCGCAAGACAUCUGGAUAGCACCGCCGCAGUUUUAUGAGUUAUGCAGGCUCUGCAAUUUCUCGUCUCUUCGCGAUUUGCAUGCAUUUGGCUCCAAGCGAGCUUUGGAAGGAUGUGAACGUUGGAUGCCUGUUCUGUUGGUUGCUUCAGAUGGCCACAUGCAGAUUUUACCAGGUGAUGAGCUAUACCCAGAAGAUCCUGAUCUGACAGGGGAAAAGAAACCAAUUUUGACGUCAGAUAAAAAGAUUGAAGAACUAAUGAAAGGGGCUAAUAAACUUCACCGGAUAGUGACCCAAAACCUUAAUCACGUUAGCGUCCACGUGAACAUCCGACAAAAGUACAAACACAUCAACCCACUCAUUAUAGACUCUAAAGCUGGAAACAGCGCAGACUGUAAUAGCAGAUUGUAAUAUAUUUUUUUCUGAUAUUGGCAUUUUUAAAACAGUUAAUAUAUUUUUAUAUACAAGGACCCAUAUGGCAGUUCAGGGUGACGACGUUCUUGUGCCAUUUUAUGUACAUACCUCAAGCCUAGUGCAAACGUAUUUAGUGUUGCAGCUAAAUAUUAGUCUAAAUGUGCUAAUUCUGGAGCUUAAGAACCUGACCUUUGUUUAUACAGUUAUGGAUUGAGGUCACUAAAGUGCCAUGUGGCGUUUCAGCCAUUUAGCCUUGAAGAGUACUGGGAUAAGCUGAAGUCAUUUGGUAUCGAUAUAAUUCAAUAUCUUCAGUUAUUCUGCUUUUGUCAUCUCUUAGAUGCAGAUAGUCCAGCAUGUUUACUUACCGUGUUUGUUCACAUUGACUUCGAAAUGACUACUUAAGAUUCAGGUUUUACAUCUGUACAAGUCCUUUUAAGUUCAAUGGACUGUUAUUAAUACGACGUUCAGAAGUUCUGCUUUUGGGACCGGAAGGCACUUGGCUAGAAAUAGGGAACUAUGUCUAUCUGUAAAGCAAAGCAAAGUUUAUAAAGUGCAUUUUUAAAAUAAAUUCCAUGGAAAUAUA